AUGGUCAAUGCUAAGAUGAUGGGUUACGAAAAAGAUCUAAUUUCAGGGAAAACAAUCGGGAAAAACCCAAAAUUUAAUGCGACGACGGAAAAGGAAUUAUAUGAAUAUUCGUACAUAAUCCUAUCGAAAUUUAGUAAAAUAGUAGUUAAAUAA